AUGAUUGUGCCUGAGGUGGCCUACAAUUUCUUCGCGCUAUUUUCCAGCUACAACAAUGGCCUGCGUCUUAUAUCCAUCGACAAUGUCACCUAUAUGAAGCCCCUUGUGUCCACACUCUUCACUGCUCUCUCCGAAGGCAAUGACCUUAUGGAGAAAGAAGAGUUUACUAAACCUCUUGAAACUGUUCAAAGUGCCAUUCAGAAUCAAAAGUCCGGAUACCACCCUUUCCAUCUUCACAGCCACAAUUUCCAAGUUGUGCACAGGAGCGAUUAUGUGUUCUCCCCAGUUCCGAAGAUCAAUUCGCUCUUCAAUUUCUCGCAAUUGAAUCCGAUGCGUAGGGAUACUAUUGUUAUUGCGCUUUUUGGCAGCGCUACCUUGCGAUUUGUAGCGUACAAUCCUGGGGUCUGGUGUGUGCAUUGCUAUAUUGCAUGGCAUCUCUCUCAAGGUAUGGCAAAAAUGUUUGAAUCAUCUGCCAUUUUGCAAGAGAAGCAACAGCUCCCUGACGAGAUGGUGGACCAUUGCAAGAAACAAGGCAUACCUCAUACUGGCAAUGCAGGCGGCGUCGCGAAUUCGACCCAUAACUUUGGUCUCUACCCUCUUCCUCCCAUUCCGCUCUCAGACAUUACAUUCAAAGGCGCGCCUGGUGCUCAAGCCAAGAGGGUCUUACAUCCUGGUCAACUGGUUUAG